AUCACAAUAUGUCUCACGGGAUUGAGAGACUUGUGGACAUUCUAUGUUCAUCUCGACUACAUAAAAGAGAGCUUAGAUAUAAAGCCAGAAGGAAAAAAUGGAAAAGCUCAGAACUUCUUAGAGGUUGACCGUCAGCGAUAAAGAACAAAGCGCUUCUCUGUCACGCAAAAAUUAAAAAAAAAAGUCUUAUACCAAUACUGAAGAAGAUGAUAAGAACUAUAAACAAUGAGACAGCACACUAUAUGAUUGACACGUUAUAUAUUAGCCGAGACAAGAUUAGGAGAAACCCUGAUUUUAUUGGGCUUUGUCGUGUACUAUGUAUUAAUGGGCUUCUCUAAAAACUUAGACCCUAUAACUAAUGGAUCUUUGAGAUGAGGAAAGCAGAAGAGUCGGAUCUUUGAGCUGAGGUAAUGUUUCUCAAAUUUACAGAUUGAAGGCUCGGUUGAUAUGAUUUAGAGAAAACGUUGGGUUGUGGUUUUCUUAAAAAAUAUUUGUUCUUUGAUUUUAUUUGGUUUGUAAUGUGUUCUCAUAAACUGAUUUGAAGACCAACAUUAUAUUUGUCUUUCUGAUAUUUUUUUACUUAUUCAUUCUUUAUUAUAAAAUAGUUUGGAUUAAUUAAAAAAAUAACCCGUUUAAACAAUCAGUUUCAACGAAAGACCAUGUUUAGCAAUUUCAUUUUCGUAAAUUCUGUUGCAAUUUGUUCGAAACAAUCUUUUUUAACAUUUUCCUUGGUAAAAAAAAUGGUUUCUUUGGUCAGCCUGAUAAAAUAACUCCGGUACUCUAUCAAUCCAAAAUUAUAUAGCCGUAAAUUUAGUUAGUCAAAAGAAUAUAUUAUUGUUUGAUAUAGAAAAUGUAAGGAAUCGGUUUCUACGUUUUAUACUGCCUUUAAGACCAUCUCCAAUGUAUUUUGCUAUUUUCACCUCUAAACUAGAAGAAAUCUAUAAUAGAGAUGAGAUAUGCUCCAAUGUAUUCCUCUAAAAUAGCAGUCUCUAAAUGUAGAGUAAAAAUAGAGAAAUGUUAUUUCUUCCUCUAUAAAUAGAGGAAAAAAUAGAGAUCUCUAUUACAGAGGAAGAAAUAGAGGUGGGUUAGAGCAAUUUCACAUCUAAAUGCUAUUAUAGAGGUAGAAAUAACAAUGGGUUGGAGAUGCUCUAAAGACAGAUUCCCAGAAAUGAGAACUCAAUGAUUCUAAAAACAUAACUAAGCUUCAAAUGAGUUGUCAAUUUAAACAAUUGUUUAUAUGAAAAACUAAAUAAUAAGAUAAAAGUAUUUAAAGCAUAAACAAAGUUUAAUUAAAUUAAAUUUCACAUUUCUUACCUUCUGUUAAUUCCAAUACUGAAAAUAUAACAAAUGGUGAGUUUUAAUCAUUUCAAAUUUGUUGAGCAACACAUUGAAUAAAUAAAUAAAAAAUUCUGAAUUGGCAUAUUAAUUAUAUUUUAGUAGUCAAUUCUAAUGUAAUAUAUAUCUAUUAAAAUCUAAAUUAUAAUUGUAAUUGAUUUCUCAUAGUCUUAUAUCUAAUUGUUAAAUAAACAGUAGAGAAACUCUCAUUUGAUCAAAAACAGAUUAUAAAAGGCAUAUGCUCCUUCUUUGGCUACAGAAGAAAAAUAAGAGACUAAAACUCAACUUUUCACUCCAUAAGAUCCAAAGAUAUCCCUACUAUUUGUGGUUUAACAAGGUUUCUCUAUUGUGUUAUCUUUUGAUCGAUUUUGUUUGAUUUAACUUAUAAUGCUCAAAGUUUAAAUUUAGAAAAAUGUUAUGAGUAUUAUAACACUAUAAAAUUUUGAAACUCUGAAUCAACGACAAUACUAAGUAUGUUCACAUGUCAUUUUUAGUUAUAUAAUUGAAAUUUGAUGUAGAUAACACUGAUUGCUUAACAUAAUCACACUCACAACCAAAUGAACAUAAAAGAAAAAUUAACACAAAAAUUACAUCAUCGAUAAAAACCAAUACAUCACAUCCCGCCCGAUCCUAGUAGGAUAAUAAAAGAUAAGACUUCUCAAAUUCACACAUUUAUAUGUUUUUUAUAGACAUAUAUGAUCAACUCUUGUUUACAAACUUCUUUAUAAAACCUUGUAAAGCAUUGAGUUGUACUAUCGACAAUAUCUUAAAAAUCAGAUUUAUAAGAGGUUAUAAUUCUUUAAAAUACAAUGUUCACUAUCCGAAAAUCUUUCUCCUAACCAGAACUAUUCAAAUGACAAGUCUGAAUCAACCUUAUUUGUUUUUUGAAUAACAGAGGAACGAAAAUCCUAAAAUUACUUGAACCCAGUUUUAUAAAGGUUUAUAAUUUUUUGAAAACUCAAUGUUCACUAUCAAAAAUCUUUCUCUUAGAUCGACCUGUUGUAAACCAACCUUCGUUGAUUUUUUUAUAACAGAAAGAACAAAUCCAAAAUAUUACUUGAAUCGAACAAAAAAAACACAAAUAUAAACAUACGAGUAUGAAUCGUGGAGAGGAGCCAACAUCUUUGAGGUUUUGAAUCGUGAUUCUCGUAAUCUCUUAUCGCCGGCUGCGUGAGAGAGAGUGACGAUGGAACUCAACGGAGACGACGACGGAUCUCGACGGAGAUGACGACAGAUCUCGACGGAGAGAGAAGAAGGAUCUCGACGGAGAGAGAGACGAUGGAUCUCGGAGAGAGAGAGACGAUGGAUCCAACGGAGAGAGCGACGGUGGAUCCAACGGAGAGAGCGACGGUGGAUCCGACGGAGAGAGAGACGGUGGAUCCGACAGAGAGAGACGGUGGAUCCGACGGAGAGAGAGAGACGGUGGAUCUGAUGGAGAGAGAGAGACGGUGGAUCCGAUGGAGAGAGAGAUGGUGGAUUCGACGGAGAGAGAGACUAUGGAUCUGGACGGAGAGAGAAGAAUGAUUACGACGGUAGAGAAGAAGGAGACGAUAGAUUGAAGAUAAGGUAAGGUUAAUUUAGUCUUUCACACAUUAAUGAAUGUGGUAUUUAUGAAAAUGUCCUUUAAGUGGUGGUAUAGUUGAAUAGUGGUAUCAAGAAAAGUGUAUAAGUAAAAUUUUCCCUACGUAUAACCGGUAUUUGUUUCCACUAAAGUGAUUAAAUAAAGGGAUAACAACCCUUAAAAUGUAAUCUAUCUCCAGAAUGUUUAGAUAUAUGCAUAAUUAGUCUGCCCCCUGAGUGAGGAUAUUUCGUUCAUGUAAAGCCAAAUGAUUAACCUGCCUCGCAAAAUUAGGCUGCCUGGUGCCUUAUAAACCGAAUUCAGUAUAUACAUUUUUUUCUUAAAGUUCAGUAUAUACAUUUCCCAUAUGGCUAUACAAUUGCCAAAUAAUUUUGCACAACAUUAAGUUAUACACGUGACAAAAAAUCAAUCAACUUUUCAAAAACAUUCGUUUCAAAUGGUUUAGUCGAUUUUAGUUGUUAUUAAUCAGGAAGAAUUUUUAUUUAUUUAUUUAUCUAUAUAUCAAGUCAAAUUAUGCUUCUUUCUAUUUAAUACUAGUCCAUAUGAAGAAUAGUGGACUAAGAAACGGUAACAAAUAAACGUUUCAAUCUAAUACAUUAAUAUGGAAAGUGCACUGCAUUGCCAAUUUGCCAUAAAUAUUUCAACAUUUAAAGAACAUUCUAAGACUUUGUUUACGUUCUUAGACCCCGUACAUAAUCUCUCCCUAUAAAUGAUCGUUACAUUCUCUCUUUCUCAUAUAUUUUUGUUUUACUAAAUCAAUAGAAAAUGGCAAAACCUGCAGGAUCCUAUUGUCUCCUCUCCUGUCUCUUUGUCUUGUUUGUGAGUUGCACCUCAGCAGCCAAAAAUUAUCAAGAUAAACAGGUGUAUAUAGUAUACAUGGGAGCACUUCCUGCUCGUGUUGACUACAUGCCAAUGUCCCAUCACACUAGUAUUCUUCAAGAAGUCACCGGAGAGAAUUCAAUCGAAAGUCGAUUGGUUAGGAAUUAUAAAAGAAGUUUCAACGGAUUUGCGGCCUGGCUAACUGAAUCCGAAAGACAGAUACUAGCAAAUACGGAAGACGUUGUAUCCGUGUUCCCUAGCAAAACACUGAAACUUCAAACGACGGCGUCGUGGGAUUUCGUGGGUCUCAAGAAAGGCAAAAGGGCAAAGCGAAACCCUAGCAUCGAGAGCGAUACGAUCAUUGGUGUCAUGGACAGUGGAAUCAACCCUUUAUCCGACAGCUUCAGUGACAAAGGCUUUGGCCCUCCUCCUGAGAAAUGGAAAGGAGUUUGCCAAGGGAGCAAACACUUCUCUUGCAACAACAAGGUUAUUGGUGCUAGGAACUACACACCCAGAAUAAAGGGGGUUCCUCACUCAGCGAUAGACAACAUGGGACAUGGAUCACACACAGCUUCUACGGCAGCUGGAAACGCUGUUAAGGAUGUGAGCUUUUACGGACUAGCCAAUGGAACCGCGAGAGGUGGCGUUCCAGCCGCAAGAAUAGCGGUUUACAAAGUAUGUGAUCCUGGUAAUAAAGGGUGCACUACUGACGGAAUUCUAUCCGCAUUUGAUGAUGCGAUUGGGGACAACGUGGACCUCAUCACCAUCUCCAUCGGUGACGAUAAGGGUUUGCCAUUCCAUGAGGAUACUAUCGCAAUUGGGGCUUUCCAUGCCAUGGCCAAGGGAAUCCUUACAGUGAAUUCCGCUGGAAACAGUGGUCCAGAACUUAGUACGGUCACAAGCGUUGCACCGUGGAUAUUCACCGUCGGUGCUAGUAACACGAACCGCGCUUUCGUCACUAAAGCUGUUCUUGGAGACGGCAAGACAGUUGUCGGAAGAUCCGUAAACGCGUUUGAUCUUAAGGGAACUAAGUACCCUGUAGUGUACGGUAAAACAGCUUCAAGUAACUGCGAUGCUGCUUCCGCUGCGUUCUGCUCACCAGGAUGUCUAGACAGGAAACUUGUGAGCGGGAAGAUUGUGCUGUGCGAUUCCGGUCAAAACGUGAAAGAAGCUAAAUAUAUGGGAGCCGUAGCAUCCAUUGCUAGGAGCAGAAGAGAAGACACUGCCUUGGUCUUCUCUUUCCCAGUCACUGUUCUAUCCGGACCCGCCUAUGACGUUGUCCUCUCGUAUAUUAAUUCCACAAAAAACCCCAUAGCUGCUGUUUUGAAAAGUGAGACAAUCUUUAACCAGAAAGCUCCUGUCAUUGCUUCCUAUUCUUCUCGAGGCCCUAACCCAAUCAUUCCUGAUAUUUUGAAGCCGGAUAUAACAUCGCCAGGAUCAGAGAUCAUCGCUGCUUAUUCCCCUUCUGUUCCACCAAGUAUUGCAGACACAAGACAUCUGAAGUACUCUAUUCUUAGUGAAACUUCAAUGUCUUGUCCACACGUUGCUGGUGUUGCCGCCUACAUCAAAACAUUUCACCCUCGCUGGUCUCCGUCCAUGAUCCAAUCCGCCAUAAUGACUACCGGUAAGUACACUACAUUCCACUCUUUUUUUGAAAAUACUCUGUCGGUUUGUCUUGGAACCAUACCUUCCUUGUGUCACAAGAAAUAUUUAGAAUACUUUGUUUUGUGGUUUCUUACAGCUUGGCCAGUGAAUGCAUCUACUUUGAUGCCUGAGUUUGCAUACGGAGCAGGCCAUGUCAAUCCCUUAGCCGCAGUUCAUCCUGGACUGGUCUAUGAAGCUAAUAAAUCAGACUACAUCGCUUUUCUCUGCGGCUUGAAAUACACGGGAAAGAACUUAAGACUUAUCUCCGGUGAAAGCCGCGCUUGCACUAAAGCACAAUCUAAAUCUUUACCUCGAAACCUAAACUAUCCUUCCAUGACUGCUCAAGUCCCGGCGACAAAACCAUUCAAAGUGACCUUCCGUCGGACAGUCACUAACGUUGGAACGUCUAACACUACCUACAAAGCAAAAGUAGUGGGAUCUAAGCUCAACGUCGAGGUCAUUCCCGACGUCUUUUCUUUAAAGUCGAUGCACGAGAAGAAGUCUUUCACGGUGACCGUUUCAGGCAAAGGUCUCGGAGCCGGAGAACUUGUUGCGUCUUCACAACUGAUCUGGUCUGAUGGAUUCCACUUUGUGAGAAGCCCCAUCGUUGUUUACGCCCCAAACUGGUGAGUCAGACUCAGUUUUAUGUCUUCAUAUGUAAUCGUCGAUUAUGAAUGUUGAUUCUUUACUGCUCAUGCUACGUUGAUUGUUUAUGAUGUUUCAGUUUUUUCUACCUACUCUAGUUCUUAACAUUGGAAUAAAAUUAACUGUUAGCCUUUUCUUUCCAUUAAUUUUUCUUGUCAUAAGUUUUACCUUAUCGACGCCAUAUAUCAAAACGGUCAUAAGAAAGAUAAAUAUGUUUUUUUUUAAUAUAUAUAUAUAUAUAUAUCUCAUCCCAUAAAAACGGGGAUUUUUAAAUCCGGUUUUUUAACAAAAUUUCCAAAGUCAAACUUACGGCUAGGCAAAAAAUCCGAAUCCGAAGAACCGAACCGAAUCCAAUCAGAAAAA